CCAUUUAUGGUCAUGUUGUACGCACACCACUGAAAGAUACUAAAAUGACUCAACAGAUGACUCUGUCGGUGUGCUUUCAGUUUUGUAUCAUGUCGUCCAGAAAUAGUUUUCAUAAAGUGUAAAGGUUUAAGUAAAGAGUUAGGUUGUAAAAAAAAACACCAUUCCACUGCCCUGCUUUUUUAGAUGAAUCCAGCACUAAACACUUGACUCUGCUUACGUAAGACUCCUAAGAAAUAACCUAUUUGCAUGAGAAAAGCAAAUGACUUUAGGCUGCUGAGGAGGGAGGGGUCUGUAUGAAUGGAAGGGACAAGGAUACAUGGGGGAGGAGGCAGAUUGGACAGAUGAACAGGACCCCCUGGAUACAGCCAAAAAGAGUAAACCAGCUGGGUAUGCUACACGUUUUAGUUGACCUACCAGAGAAGUUUUGAUUUGAGUUAAUUGUCCAAUAACAGUGGGGUUGGUUUGAAGAUCGAAUCUGAUAGCACACUGCUAACUAGAAACAUUUUACUGGUUUAGAGAUGAACGGAGUCCUGGAUACUGGAUUUGCACUCUUCUUCUUAAUGAUGGUUUGUAAGAACGAGCCAACAUAUACUUGGGCAGACAGAGUAGGGGACUCCCAUGGAACAUCUAAACUGGUCCAUCUAGUGUCAAACACUGCCUUCCAGUUGGUAAAUACCUCUGUAGCCUUUUCAGAGGCUGAGAGUUUCUGCAGAGGUCAGUUUAGCUCCCUUGCCUCCAUGGACCUGGAAGAGGAAUAUAAUGGAGCUCAAGAGCUGCUUCAGCUGACUCAGUUUCAUACACCUAUCUGGGUCAGAAACCCUCAGAAGGCAUCAACAAAUCCAUUAGACCUCUCCAAGAAUUAUUUACUCUUCCCUGCUAUUCACUUCCCAAAGGAAUCCCGUGAGGGGUUUGCUCGUGUCAACCUAUCCUUCCCAGCUCUGUCAUCUGUCAGUGUGUGUGUUCGAGUUCAAUGGGACAUAGAAUGGACUGAGGUGUCGACCAUCUUCUCCUAUGCUUCACCUGUAUUUACUAACGAGUUUCAGCUACGAGGCCAAGUGGACAUGCAGGAGCACAUUCUUUUGGCACUCAUAAUUCAUGGAAAACAUCUCCCAUACAAGGCAUCCUUCCAAAAUGAUGGAAUGUGGCAUCACAUCUGUGUAACCUGGCACCGUAGGAGUGGCGACUGGGCUAUCUAUGUGGACGGCAUUAAAAAAGACAUGGGUUCAGAUACAGAUAAUUCGAGGGAUAUCCUUGGAGAUGGAAUAUUCAUAUUGGGUCAGGAUCAGGAUUCCUUUGGAGGGAAUUUUACAGAACCUUUCUAUGGAGCUAUAACUGACCUCAAUGUUUGGAAUAUGUCACUGGAUACAAGACAUGUCACUACUCUCAAUGUGUGUUUGGCCAUAAAUGAGGAACCACUGUUCAGCUGGAGCCCAAAACACCUGAGCAGCCACCCAGUGAUCAAAGAGGUGCAAGCACAGCUAUUUUGUCCAGCAGAUCUCCAGCAGGUGGGGUUGCAAGGCUGCAGGAUGCUGCAAAGCUGGUCAGCUCAGCUGCCUGUCUUUGGCCUUGCAGAUUGUUUUGAUCAAUUGCCGUUUAUCUGCACAAGCAGCAGAGAGCGUUACCUAAAGAUGAAGCAGUUGAGGGACUCUCAAGACUCUCAACCCACUGCCUUUAUGAACAAAAUAAUGAAGAUUUCCAACAUAACACAGCCUGUAAUAGUACAGCAUUCUUCAAGCCUGAGCAGCCUGGCACAUGCCUCAGCGCUCCUGGACAUCUCUGUCCAGGCCCUGGAGGACAGCCAGCAAGAAGAACUACAGCCAACAGACAUGGUGUCCUUAAUCCAGUUGCUGUCCAUGGCAGCUGACGUCCCAACAGGGCAACAUCAUUCAGUGGAUGCCACCAACCAAAGCAGAGAAGGCCUCCACGAGAUGAGCAAAGACUACAUUAAGGUGGCUGACAGCAUCAUCAGCCAAGACAGUGUUGUUAAGUGGCAAGCCAUCAGAGAGGUGGUCAAUGGCCCCAUGGAUGUGGUCAAGAAUAUUGACCAUUUUGUGGCAAGACUGAGUCCAGUGCUGAUGGCUGAGACUGACCACUUGACCAUUCACAGCCAUAACAUUAAACUUCAGGUGCAGCAGCAGUCACUGCAGAAGGGAUUCACAAUUUCAGGCUUCUGUGGGCCAACAACUGAGCUGAGUAGUCUGGACUGUAUUUCUGUUCCACAUCAAAAAAUACUGGAUCUUCAAAAUAAUGGUUUUCAGAAGUUCACCUUGGUCAAUACGUGGUAUGGCUCUCUGCGACCUCCAGUCACUCCCAAGGACAACAUCUCUAUGACUCCUACAGUGACAGAUGGCAGCCAGAGGUACCUUGGGACGAUCAUGGGCUCUUCAGUCAUAUCAACCACAGCACUGUGUGAUGACCAGCCAGUCAGUAUGGCAGUUCGCUUCCAGCUCAAGCACAGGGCUCAGAGUCGUGCUGGGAUAGUGUAUGAUCCAAUAUGUGCCUUCUGGGAUUUUGAUCUCAUUCCAGAGUCUGGUGGUUGGUGGAACACCAAAGGCUGUGAGGUGGUGUCCAAAGAAUCUGGAUUCACUGUCUGCUACUGCAAUCACACUACAAAUUUUGCAUUGCUGCUGCAAGUUUUUGAAACCCAGAGAAGUCCAGAAAAUGAAAACAUUCUGCAGGUGCUGACGUUCAUUGGCUGUGGAGUGUCUCUGUGUGGCCUCCUCUUCACCUUUAUCAUCUUCAUUGUUGUGGGUGUCCCCAAAUCAGACCGCACCACUGUCCACAAGAACCUGAUCAUUUCUCUUGGCAUUGCUGAGCUGCUGUUGAUGUGCAGUGACUGGGCAUCUGCUAGUGAGGGGGCAUGCUUCAUGGUGACCGCCCUUCUCCACCUCUUCUUCAUGUCCUCCUUCUCCUGGAUGCUGGUGGAGGGCUUGCUGCUCUGGAGUAAAGUUGUGUCAGUCAACAUCAACGACGAUCACAGGAUGAAAAUAUAUUACAUCAUUGGCUGGGGACUACCAGUUCUUAUAGUUGGUGUCACAUUGGCAGUAUCUGUUGAAAAAUACAAAGCAGACAAUCACUGCUGGCUCAACGUGAAGACCAACACCAUCUGGGCCUUUGUGGGACCAGUGAUAUUUGUCAUGACGAUAAAUGCUGUUGUGCUGUGCCGGGUUGUCAUGGUAACUGUUUCCAGUGCUCGCCGACGUGCCAAGAUGCUCACUCCAAGCUUAUCAUCAAAAUUUCAAACCUUUGACCUGACUUGGGCCAUAGCACGUCCAUUGCUUAUCCUACUUCCUGUGCUGGGUCUCACCUGGCUGUGUGGCGUGCUGGUUCAUCUGUCUGUUGUCGUUGCCUAUGUCUUCAUCGCCCUAAAUGCAUUUCAGGGCAUGUUCAUCUUCUUGGUGUAUGCCGUGUACAACAGUGAGGUAAGAAGGUCAGGAAUGCNNNUCAAAGAAAAGCGAAAGGCCUUGUCCUUCACGAAUUGUUCUCAGCACAACAGUUUUCUGACUUCCCACAAAGCACCAGUUGCAUCUUGGUGCCACAGUGUACAAACUCUGUCAAGCCCUGAGACCAGCGAGACCUCCGGAUCCCCAAAUUACAAGUCUACAUCCCUGGUCAUCAAGAACGAGAGAUUUAAAAGGGACGGUUUGGAUAAUUUCUCUUUUAAACCUGCAUCAGAAAACCAAUCAGUGCAGCUAACUGCAUUCAAACCAUCAGCCUGCUAAGGUGGAUAUUAAUGCCCAAGUUAGACGGAUGAGACAAAUGGACAUGGACGUCCAAAGAAGAAUCUGAGGACGUUAUUACAAACACUACAGAAAGGAGUUGGAACACAGCGGCAUAGGACACAUUGAAAUAAAAAAAGAAUAGUCUGUCAUUAAUCCCAGCCUGUCAGUUUUUUCUAUGAUAAUAAAUACUUUCUGCCAUUUCUGCCAAAUGUAUGUUUUUACAAAGCAGGAGAUCUUUUUUGGGUGAGGCUUUAUAUUAGGUACAAUAUAUGCACAUGUAUGCACUGGCCAACACAAUGUUUGAAUGUUUACUAUCAGACAUGGCCUCCAACAGCCACAUCAGAUCUGUUUUUUUUUUUUUUUUUGUCAUAGUUUUGUACAAUAAAGUUUAAAAAAAACUGUGCUGCUUUUUCUUAGCAUUCCUCGGCCUUUCUGCUCAAAAAUACAGUAUAUAGAUGUUGUUCUAAUAUUUCAAGUCAAAUAUUUCACUCCUGGGACAUACAGGAAAAUCUGCUUCUACCUUACUUGGUGAGUAUGUAUGUGUUAUGUUAGGUAGUAGUAAGAACAACAAUGCAGAAGUCACAAAAUCAACACACAUUUUGUGUUAAAUCACUAAAUUCUUUGCAUAGACUAGUAACGUAAAAAAAUUAAAAAAUGUUUUGAUAAAACACAAACCCGCUCCCCAAUGAUGAGAAAAAGCACCAGACAUAUUUACUAUAAGUAAAUAAUUUUACAAACCGACACGGGUAAGGUUUACUUAUCUCAGUAUCUAAUGUGGCUUGAGUUAGUCUCACAGUUAGUUGUUGUUUACUGCAGCAGUUUGAUGAAAUAAAGUGUGACUUAAAGAGUGUCUUGUGCUCUUUGCAAGCUUUACACAGGUUCCUGGGCCAGACCACACUUAUGAUAGUCAAGCCCAUGUCAAACCUUUUAUCUCUAAAAUUAGUCUGUUACACUUUACGUAGGUGAGUCAUGUUGAAGCCCUGUUUUACUCUGUCAUUUUUUUCCUCUUUUGUCCUCUUUUGACAUUUGUGUACUGUGUGAAAUGAUAUUGUGCAACACAAAUUGUUUCCAAUAAACUGUAUUGCAUAUUUUAACCAGAU